AUGGCAUCCCUUGACCAGGGUGACGGUGCAAAUCCACAGACUCCGCGAGCUGCCCAGAUUAGUUCUCACGAAGCCUUGAUAAGUCGGUUGGCUGAGAAACAAGCACAACUAAAGGCAGCGAAACUUUCUCGAAUUCAGAAACAAAAGGAUGCUCCAGGCGUAGGGUUCGAAAGGAGCUAUGAUUUCCUUCCCCGAUUCCAAGAGAUCAAGGCCGGCAUUCUUUCAGACCUUGACAAAGCUGCUGACCAGCUAUCCAACGGAUCGAUAUCUACAAGCGAAGUAACCAGGAUUUUGGACGAAGCUGUGGGCCGUAUCGAGGAACUUCAGAAGUCUCUGAACGACGCCUCUCUCUAUCUGACUUCUUUUGACUCCGAGCAGGCGCGGUUAGAACUAAAGAUUUUGGACGAAGCUGUGGGCCGUAUCGAGGAACUUCAGAAGUCUCUGAACGACGCCUCUCUCUAUCUGACUUCUUUUGACUCCGAGCAGGCGCGGUUAGAACUAAAGAACCUCAACAGCCAAUUCCAGGCGAAACGAGAACAGUUGCUACCCACAAAAAAGUUCGCGUUCUCCCGCAAACCCAAAUCUGUUCCUUCUUCGACCGUCCAACCACAAUCACACCCUGACAAAAGCAAGGAGACACUGGGGCAGGAACUUCAAUCUCUGUGCCGUUUUGAUGCCAACUACAGUUGGACAAACUGUGAGGGUCCUCAGACGCUACUGCUUCCCAAAUCUGCAUCUCACGGAGGCAGUGAUUCACUGCUUGGUCAGUCGGUGUACCUGGCUGAUUUGACCGAUUGCACGGUGCAUGUCCAAGGUGUUUGUGGUAACCUUAUCGCUCGACGUCUUAUUCGAUGUCGCGUGUACACCUACCCGGUGGCUGGUUCAGUGUGGAUCGAGAAUUGCGUGGGUUGUGACUUCAUCCUCGCCUGUCGCCAGUUGAGGAUUCAUAACACAAGCGACAGUCGUCUAGGGCUGCACAUGGCUAGUCGACCAAUUAUUGAACAUUCAAGCGGCUUGCAUGUCGCUCCCUAUCCAAUCCAUUACCCGAACUUGUCAGCUGAUCUGUUGUUGGCCGGUUUGAGCGAAGACGUGAACUUUUGGCGCGAAGUGGAGGAUUUCAGCCAUCCAAACAAACGGAUGACAACCGGUUCACCGAAUUGGUCUAUCCUUCCGGAGCCUGAGUGGGACACUUUGAAACCACCGCUUGUUGAAGCGGCAGUGAUUCAGUGA